AUGAAUCUUCCUCGGAAGAAGCUCGUUGGGUUGUCGCUGGGGCGAAGCCGCUCGAAUCCUCAUUUGCCAGUGGAGAGCGGAGCCAGUGAAGUUGAGCCAUCCUCUCUCCCACCUUCGAGGAAUGCAUCUCCAAGUCGCAGAGGACUAUCGGGGUUACGGGUUCCCAAGUUCUGGGGCAAGCAUUCCUCUCGAAGCGCUCGACAGUCUCCGAGCCCUGAACCUGCUGCUGCAAGUUUCAGCGCACAGGAUCUUCUAUCCGCUGAGACAACUCAGGAUUCUUCACUCACUGCUCCCACUCCCACUGUUCCCACUAUCGAACCAAAUCCUGACCAGGCUUCCGAUUCAGGCAUUCCGAAGGUGGAUUCGAUCAUCGUAGUUCGGAUCAUUCUUAUCCGUCUCUUUCGAUAA